GCACUGCCUCUUCCCUGCCAGAAGACCGGAAGCUGUUUGUGGGGAUGCUGGGCAAGCAGCAGACGGACGAGGACGUUAGGAAAAUGUUUGAGCCCUUUGGGAACAUCGAUGAGUGCACAGUGCUGCGGGGGCCAGACGGCACCAGCAAAGGCUGCGCCUUCGUGAAGUUCCAGACCCACGCCGAGCCUCAGGCCGCUAUCAACACGCUGCAUGGCAGCCGGACAUUGCCGGGCGCCUCCUCCAGCCUUGUGGUGAAAUUCGCCGACACGGAGAAGGAGCGGGGCCUGCGCCGGAUGCAGCAGGUGGCCAACCAGCUGGGCAUGUUCAGCCCCAUCGCCCUGCAGUUCGGGGCCUACAGCGCCUACACCCAAGCACUAAUGCAGCAGCAGGCAGCCCUGGUCGCUGCUCACUCCGCCUACCUCAACCCCAUGGCCACCAUGGCGGCCGUCCAGAUGCAGCAGAUGGCCACCAUCAACCCCAACGGCCUCAUCGCCACGCCCCUCACGCCCCUCACCCCCUCCUCAGGUACCAGCACGCCGCCCGCCAUCGCCGCCACCCCUGUGUCCGCCAUCCCGGCCACGCUCAGCGUCAACGGCUACAGCCCAGUCCCCACGCAGACCACGGGGCAGCCGGCCUCCGAGGCCCUCUACACCAACGGGGUCCACCCGUACCCAGCUCAGAGCCCGGCCGCCCCCGUGGACCCCCUGCAGCAGGCCUACGCCGGGAUGCAGCACUACACAGCCGCCUACCCCGCUGCCUACGGGCUGGUGAGCCCGGCCUUCCCCCAGCAGCCGGCCAUCCUCACGCAGCAGCCGCCCCCGCAGCAGCAGCAGCAACGGGAAGGCCCCGAGGGCUGUAACAUCUUCAUCUACCACCUGCCCCAGGAGUUCACUGACUCCGAGAUCCUGCAGAUGUUCCUGCCCUUCGGGAACGUCAUCUCUGCCAAAGUCUUCGUGGAUCGGGCGACCAAUCAGAGCAAAUGUUUCGGGUUCGUAAGUUUUGACAAUCCCGCCAGCGCCCAGGCUGCCAUCCAGGCCAUGAACGGCUUCCAGAUCGGCAUGAAGCGCCUGAAAGUGCAGCUCAAGCGACCGAAAGAUGCCAACCGGCCGUACUAAGGCCCCAGAAAGAAGAACAUAACCUCCUGCUAGCAGUUCUUUCCGGCUGUGCUGCGCAGAGCCCUGUCUCAGCCAGGUGAAGACCCCCAGCGCGGCGUAGCGUGGGGCAGGGGGCGGGGUCUGUGCGUGUCUGUGUGUGUUGUGGCACGUGAACGUAUCCUGCUUUUGUUCUGAUACCUGUUCUCCAUGCGCGGCUCACGGGGGUUGUGUCUCGUUCUGCAUCGGUUUGAUUUGGUUUGGUGUUUUUGCUUGUUCAUUUGUUUCGUGGCGUCUUUGUCAUUGACCUGAGUUUCUUUUUUGCACAUAAAAGAGACAGAGGGACAGCACGGGGGCCGGGUUUAACUGCGUCGCAGUGGCAGGCUCCAUUUCUUUAAGGAUUUACUGUAAUCCGCAUUGCAUUCACUCUUAGAACCCAGCCGAGAUCGGGGCCCCGUUGCUGCCCAGACCCCGACUGAGAACAGGGCCUCGUCGUGCCAGGUGCUGCACAGGGCCCUACUGAGAUCGGGGCCCCGUUGUGCCAGGCACUGCACAGACCCUGGCCGAGAUCAGGGCUCCCAUCAUGCCGAGUGCUGCACAGGCCCCAGCUGAGGUCAGGGCCCUGUUGUGUCAGGUGCUGCACAGACAGUGAGAGGCAGGUCCUGCCCCAAGUUGCUUAUGGUCUAAACAAACGAAGAGUUGGGGGAGAGGCAGGGUUAUUGACCCCAUUAUACAGAUGAGCAACUGAGGCACAGAGCAACAAAGUGAUGUGACCAGGUCACACAGGAAAUCUGUAGCAGAGGAAGGAUUUGAGCCCAGGUCUUCUGGGUCCCAGCCCAGGCCCUUCUCUGCAAGCCCAUCCUUUGUUUCUCGGUGCCUAGAGAACGCCACAGUCCCUCCCUGUGCUCUCUCUUCACCGUCUGGGCUCGUGUUCUGCUGGGCCUCGGUCAGCGGAGGCAGGGGAGAUCUAGGCUGAACAGACUGGGACCAGGGGGUCCCCAGUGGGAGUCUGCCCAAGCCGAUGGGGUUUGCUUUGCAGGGUGAGGAGUCUUGGGGGUAGCGGGAGGGGUGCCCUUGAUGCUGAAAUUUACAAACACGAGCCAGGCUUGGGCUCCCUGACUGAACGGCCUGGGGGUCAGAGAACCCGCAGCUCCCUCUGACGUCAUGCCCCGUGCCUCGGUCUGGGACCUCGUGUUUGGAAACGCCAGCCUCUGGGUGUUCGGUGUGCAGGGGGAAACGUGGGCACUGGGACAGAGCCGCUUGCUGGGGAGAACGGGGCGGGUUGGAUUACAGACGUUUGUCCGAAACAGUUUGGUGAGGAGAGGACAGCCACAGAGGGGGAGCCCGGGGCUGGGAUAGCAGUGGGGGCGGGGGUACAAACCAGCCCCUGCUGACCCCAUCUCUCAGUCACCCCCGUCGGUUAGCACCAGAUUCAGCUCAGCCCCUGCAAAGGCCUCAUUCCCCUGCUCCGGGCCCGGGAGCCGGAGUUGGAGCCUGGCUGCUCCAGCUGUAUGCCAGCAUGGGGCAGAAAGCCGCCCCUGGGGAGUGAAGCAGGGACCUGAUCCCGCUCCUGUGGGGUGAGAUCAGGCCACCAAAGUGCACAUGGGUCCCGGCUCUGGGGCUCCGUGCCACUGGCCGAUAGCGUGGUCCCUGCACCCUGCCACCGGACAGCAGGCCUAGCGUGGAGGCCUCCCCCGCCCUGGUCCCAGUCCCUCCUCCCAGCCCGAGAUCCUGGCAUGCCCACACCCCAUUCCCCCAGCAUCCUAUCCAUCUCACCCAGGGCCGUUCUCAGACAGGUCCCUGACUCCCAUAUUCUGUGUCUCUCCCUCCGCCCGCCAGAGCUGCUGGCGCAACCUGGUCACAGGGUGCAGUGCCCGGGGCCUGGACGGGCUAGCACCGGAGCCCUGCACCCCCCCCCAGAGCCGUGCACCCCCACACACACCGGUGCGGUAACCAGCCAACCAGCUGGCAUGAGGCACGCCCGCUGCAUGUGGCAUGAAGAUGCCCGUUUCCCAUCAGCCAUGUCGUUCCUUCCCAUCAGUUUAUUUUCUCGUUCUCUUUUUUUCUUCAUCUUUUUUUUCCUCCUUUGCUGGGAAAAAAGGAGGCUUGGGCAUGAAUCGGGGGGGCAUGGGGCUGAGGCUCACAGGUUCCCUCCCCCAAGCCUCUGCUACCCACAGGACCCGGGCCCCAUCACUCGCGCACUGCCCAUCAGGCCUGGUACCAGCUGAGGGUCGGGGUAAAGGGAGGCAAGCGGGUUAGCAGGGAGAGGCGAUUGGAAGGCCAGUGAGCAUGGACCAGCGAGUGACUGUGGGGCCAGGCAACGGCCCCCCCUUAGGGUUAGCAGGCAUCGGCCCCUCUCCGAGCUCCAACAUCCCCCUCCCCCCACAGCCCCCGGCACUGGGACAGACCCAAAACACCCAGCUCCAUGAUAGUGCUAUUUUCUGUAUUGCAGCCCUAGGCUGAGGUGCCAAGCACUGCACAGCCAGAGGGAAAGGCAGCCCCCACCCUCCACCCCAACGAGCUCUGUCUAGGCAAAGGGGAAAUGGCCCGGAGAAGUGGCUUGUCUUGGUCAGCCGACAGCUCAGUGGAACCAGGAAUAGAUCCCCCCGGGCCGACGUCUGGCAAAGCAGCCAGUGAGAGACCCCCCAUCAAAGCUCUGAGCCCUCUGGCGAGCCAGGCCUUUGACGGGGUCCCAACCCUGGCCUCCCCCAAUCAGUGCCAGGGCUUUGCACUUUCCCGGACGCACGACAGAGCAAAACACAGCAGUUCCCGGCGGUGACAUCCCCAGGGCAGGGGUUUGGGGGCGGGGGGGGGAAAUGGUCCGAAACAAACCAUAUUGUGUCUCUUUUACUGUGUAAGAAACAAGGUGAUUUACAGACAGAGCUGACUUGACCUUUUCCCUUUUCUUAUUUAAAACCAAAAAACAAAACAAAAAAAAAUCCCAAAUCCCGUUUUCUUUCUUUGCUGCUUUAACCCCCCACCCCGGCAGGGUUACCAAUCAUAUCUUGAGACGCCUCUGUCGCUAGCCAUCCUUCGCUGUCACAAGAGCCGUAGCUCCGCCCCCUUGUAAGUUGCAUCCGCUGGACCGACCGAAGUGUUGUAUCUUGAUCUCGCUCGCGGGACUCUUCCGCUUCCUUGUCCCCUGUGGUUGGUGGUGUUUGGCUCCACGUCAUGUGAGCAGAGCUAGCGAGUGCAUGACGUCCCUGUGCCGUAGCGGUGGUUGGCUGUGCCGUGAGGUCUUUUCUCUUGCUGGUGGUCUCAGUGGACAGUAGUUUUCGUUCGGUGAAAUCCCCGGUCCAAAUAAACGAAAAACCCUCUUCCCCUCACCAGCUGCGAAACCCAAACCAGUGUACAAGUCCUCUUGUCCUAGUCGCUAGUUCAGUCCCUCCUC